CUGAGAAAGUUGCACUGCAAGGGGCCCCAUGCAAGAGACACCACCAUUUCCCUCUCCACCCCGUCUAGCUGCCAGAAAUCUCAAGAGCUCUCAGAGACUGAGGCUGGACCCACAGGUCCCUCCCUGGUGCAGAUGAGUUUCCACAUCGCUGGCGCCAGGCUGUUGCUAUUGGGACUCCAACUGUUUGUUGAGGCCUGGAGCUACAACCUGGACACGCGGCAUGCUCAGAGUUUCUUAGCACAUGCUGGAAGACACUUUGGGUACCGGGUCUUGCAGGUCGGAGAUGGGGUUGUUGUGGGAGCUCCAGGUGAGGGGGACAGCACAGGACGCCUCUAUCAGUGUCAUCCAGGCAGUGGUUCCUGCCAACAGCUCAGCCUGCAUGGUUCCAACUAUACCUCCAAAUACUUGGGAAUGACCUUAGUGACAGACGCCACCGCUGGAAGCCUUUUGGCCUGUGAUCCUGGACUGUCUCGGACAUGUGAUCAGAACACCUACCUCAGUGGCCAGUGUUACCUCUUUCCCCAGAGUCUGGGGGGGCCUAUGUUACAAGGGCAUCCUGCUUAUCAGGAGUGUACGAAGGGCAAGGUUGACCUAGUAUUUCUGUUCGAUGGCUCGAUGAGCUUGGAGAAAAAUGACUUUGAAAAAGUCUUGGACUUCAUGAAGGAUGUGAUAAGGAAACUCAGCAACACCUCCUACCAGUUUGCUGCUGUUCAGUUUUCCUCAUCGUACAAAACAGAAUUCACUUUCUUGGAUUACGCUAAACAGAAGGAUCCUGACGCUCUGUUCCGUAACGUCAGACACAUGCGUUUACUGACCAACACCUUUGGUGCCAUCAACUAUGUGGUGACAAACGUGUUCAAAGAAGAGUCUGGUGCCCGGCCAGAUGCUACCAAAGUGCUAGUCAUCAUCACAGACGGUGAGGCUACUGACACUGGAGACAUCAAUGCAGCCCAGGACAUUACCCGCUACAUCAUCGGGGUUGGACGGAAUUUUAAGUCCACACAAGAACAGGAGAGUCUUCACAUAUUUGCCUCCAAACCCACAAAGGAAUUUGUCAAGAUUCUGGACACAUUUGAGAAGCUUAAGGGCCUAUUUGAUGACCUGCAGAGGAGGAUUUACAUAAUUGAGGGCACAAACGUACAAGACCUGACAUCCUUUAACAUGGAACUCUCCUCCAGUGGGAUCAGCGCAGACCUCAGCAAGGGCCAUGCAGUUGUGGGAGCAGUUGGAGCCAAGGACUGGGCUGGGGGCUUUUUGGAUCUGACUGAAGACUUGCAGGAUGCCACAUUUGUUGGGAACGAACCACUAACCUCAGAUAUGAGAGCAGGCUAUCUGGGUUACACUGUGGCCUGGAUGCCCUCCCGUGGCUCCAUGUCACUACUGGCAGUGGGAGCCCCACGAUACCAGCAUGUGGGGCAAGUACUGCUCUUCCAAGUACCCAAAGCCGGAGGAAACUGGAGUCAGAUCCAGAAAAUAGAAGGGACUCAGAUUGGAUCUUAUUUUGGUGGGGAGCUAUGUAGCAUUGACUUGGAUCACGAUGGUGAGACAGAGCUGUUGCUGAUUGGAGCACCCCUGUUCUAUGGGGAGCAGAGAGGAGGCCGAGUGUUCAUCUACCAGAAAAGAGAGGUGUUCAGCAUGGUCUCAGAGCUGCUGGGCAACCCUGGUUACCCACUUGGGCGGUUUGGUGCUGCCAUCACUGCCCUGACAGACAUCAAUGGGGAUGGGCUGACAGACGUGGCCGUGGGAGCCCCUCUGGAGGAGCAGGGGGCUGUGUAUAUCUUCAAUGGGCAGCCUGGAGGACUCAGUCCCCAACCAAGCCAGAGAAUACAAGGAACCCAGGUGUCCCCAGGAAUCCAGUGGUUUGGACGCUCCAUCCAUGGGGUGAAGGACCUUGGAGGGGACAGGCUGGCAGAUGUAGUUGUAGGAGCUGAGGGCCGGGUGAUUGUGCUGAGCUCGAGGCCAGUAGUGGACGUUGUCACUGAGAUGUCCUUCUCCCCAAACGAAAUCCCGGUGCAGGAGGUGGAGUGCUCCUUCUCAGGCAGCCCGGAGCAGAAGGGAGGAGUCACACUCAAGGUGUGCCUCCAGAUCCUGCCUCUCACACCUCAGUUUCAGGGUCACCUGCAUGUCAACCUUAGCUACACUCUGCAGCUGGAUGGCCAUCGGUCGAGGAGCCGAGGUCUGUUCCCAGGAGGGAGCCAUGAGCUCAGUGGGAACACAUCUGUCACCCCAGAUAAGUCCUGCAUGGACUUCUCGUUUCACUUCCCGGUCUGCAUUCAAGACCUCAUUUCUCCUAUCAAUGUCUCUCUGAAUUUCUCUCUUUUGGAGGAAGAAGGAACACCGAGGGACCGAAAGAUGGGCAGGGACACGCAGCCCAUCCUGAGGCCUUCAGUACACGCAGUGACUAAGGAGAUCCCGUUUGAGAAGAACUGUGGCGAGGACAAGAGGUGUGAGGCAGACAUGGUCCUGUCGUCCGCUGCCAGAUCCAGAGUCCUGCGUCUGACUUCCUCCGCCAGCCUUGCUGUGGAGUGGACGCUGAGCAACUCGGGAGAGGAUGCUUACUGGGUACAGCUGGACUUGAGUUUCCCUCCGGGACUCUCCUUCCGAAAAGUGGAGAUGCUCAAGCCACACAGCAGAGUUCCUGUGAGCUGCCAGGAGCUGGCUGACGAGUCGAGCCUCCUGACUAAGACACUGGCCUGCAAUGUCAGCUCUCCCAUCUUCAAAGCAGGCUGGAAGGUCAGCCUCCAGGUGAUGUUUAACACGCUGCUCAACAGCUCCUGGGGAGAUUUGGUUGAGCUGAAUGGCACUGUGCACUGUGAGAAUGAGGACGCAAGCCUCCUGGAGGACAACUCAGCCACCACACGCAUCCCUACCCUCUACCCAGUCAACAUCCUUGUGGAGGACCAGGAGAACUCCACGCUGUACACCAGUUUCACCCCUAAAGGUCCCAAGACCCAGCAAGUCCACCAUAUCUACCAGGUGAGGAUUCAGCCUUCUGCCUAUGACCACAGCAUGCCUACACUGGAGGCCUUGGUUGGGGUGCCGCAGCCUCCCAGUGAGGGCCCCAUCACACACACAUGGGUUGUACAGAUGGACCCUCCUGUCUUUUGCCACAGUGAGGACAUGAAGAGGCCAUCUAAUGAAACUGAGCCUUGUCUACCUGGAAUUCUGUUCCGCUGUCCAAUUGUCUUCAGGCAGGAGACCCUCAUCCAAGUGACUGGGACAGUGGCACUCUCGGAGGAAAUUAAGGCCUCCUCCACGCUCAGCCUCUGCAGCUCCCUCUCCAUCUCCUUCAACAGCAGCAAGCAUUUCCACUUGUAUGGCAGCAAAGCCUCCAUGGCCCAGGUCCUCAUGAAGGUUGAUGUGGUCUACGAGAAGGAGAUGCUGCACCUGUAUGUGCUCAGUGGCAUUGGGGGGCUAGUACUACUACUGUUGAUUUUCCUAGUGCUCUACAAGGUGGGCUUCUUCAAACGGAACCUGAAGGAGAAGAUGGAGGCUGAUGGCUGUGUCAUGAAUGGAAGCCCUAGUGAAGACGCUGACCCUCCGGCAGUAUCUGGAGAAGAGACCAAAGAUCCGGGCUGCCUAGAGCCCCUCCAUGAGGGUGACAAGGACUGAGCUCUAGGUCCGAUACGGCGAUGGCCCAGCCAUGUGUUGAUGUGUACCGUUAUCCUUAGCUAGUCAUGACUGUUCCUGGUCCUAAAUUUCCCUGUUGUGAGCAUCGAGCUCAUCCCCGCCUUAUCUACAAGUGUAUGAUAAGACUCUAUUAAGGAGGCCAGGGGGUCAGAGGUGAGGGUGCUUUGCUGUCCUCCAGAGAGAGUCUUUGAUCCAAACUUGUAGAAACUGUCAUCUCAGGACCCAGUUACAUUCCAGCUCUCCCACCGGCACUCAGACUUCCCAGCCUUCGGGAUCUGCCUCGCACUUCUUCCUGCCUGGAGUCCAGCCUGGACCCUGCUGAGAGACGGCAAAUCCCACCAAUGUCAUUGCAUUGCUACUGCAGAUGCCUUCUUCUUGAGUCAAAGACAAAAUUCCUGAUGAGCCUAGGAGGACAUUGGGAAAUCAGGCCCCAGUGGCCUUCCCAGCCUCGCUGGAGUGACCCUUUCCUCUCUCUCCACUUCCCUCUUUGCCCCUCCAGCCUCAGUCUUCCCCCUGUGCUGCUGCACUUCCCUCACGUCCUCUUCUGCCUGGAACAUCCCUGCCUCCUCCUGUCCUGGCUCAGGGGGGACCCCACACUGUGCUUCAACAAGCCACUGGCUGCAGUACCUCCCACCAGCAUAGACUCCCGCCCUCUGAAACCAUGAGCCCAAAUAAACUUGAUUCCAUAA